AUGACCAAUGAUAAAGAAAGUUCGGCUAGUGAAGUUAGUAGCGGUUCGGACGGAUUUCGCCACUCGGAUAUUGAUCAACAAAGUAAUCGCUCGGUGGCGUUAGAAAAAAGUUCAAUUCAUUCGGAAUCCAAUAACAGUGCCAUUUACUCAUCCAAAGAUGAUUUAGUGUCUUUACCAGCUGACAACAAUAAAUUCGACGAAGAUCAAUUGACAUUAAACGAAUUAUCGGAAUCUGCACAGUAUGAGUUUACAGACAUGCCGGAAGAUCGGCCUUACGAUAAAAAUAUAGAAACAGUAGAGGAAUGUGAAGCGUAUUCACAUAAGUCAGAAAAAUCAAUAGAAAUACCAAUAGUGGAUAAAAAUGUCGACUCAAAAAUAAAUUAUCCUGAAAAACGUAUUCGUGUCAUGUUUGGAAUCGGACCAGCACUUCCCGAGAAACAAAUAAAAUACGUCAUUAAAUGGGUUACAGAAUGCGCUAGUAAACAAAAUAAUCAUGUACAAGCACAUAAUUUAAUACAUUUUCAAUGCCCUCCGAUGGACUAUGAGCCCGAGAGUUCUUACAAGAAGUCCGAUCAAAAUGCAUGUUUUUAA